AUGGCAAACAAAAAUCCGAAUCAAAUAGCCGGGGCUAAUCUAGGAGUAGCACAACCGAAUAUCGCUGCAGUCAAUGAAAAUACAAGGCUCAUGGGAGAGUAUAUGGUUCCACUGGUAGUAGAAAGCCAGUCCAGUAUCGUAUAUCCGGCAUUUGGUCAGGCACACUUCCACCUAAGGACAGAUGUCAUCAACAUGUUCCAAAAUGUGCUACAAUUUUUUGGGAAAGCUACAGAGAAUCCCAACACUCAUAUAACAAGAUUUCUGGACAUGUACGUAACAACUGAGUAUUCGGGGGUUUCAAGCGAAACAAUUAGACUAAGGCUCUUCCCAUACACAUUGAGGGAUUCAACAAAGGAAUGGGCUAACGUAGACUCUGUGUGCGAUGGUUCUAUCACAAAAAGAACUGCGGACCAGGUCUACCAAAUCAUCGAGGAUUUGGCAUUUACUAGUGCACUUUGGUCUACUGAAAGAACGAGUGGAAAGAAAGCUGCUGGGAAAGUAGAUCAGAUGAGUGUAGCUCAGACAGUGGGACCAAAGUGCAAACAUUGUGGAAGGAACCACAAGAGUGUUGAUUGUAACGUAGGAUCUCCUUUUGCUCAGACGAUAGAAGAUGUGAACUAUACUCAGAAUUUUCAAAGGCAACAACACAAUCCAAAUCCUAACACAUAUUACCCAGGCUGGAGAAAUCACCCAGGUUUUCAAUAG